CGAGGCGCCCUGGUCCGCCUCAGGAUGUUCGGCCGCUCUCGCAGCUGGGGCGGCGGCGGGGGCCACGGCAAGGCCGCGCGCAACAUCCACUCCCUCGAGCACCUCAAGUAUUUGUAUCAUGUUCUGACCAAAAAUACUACUGUGACUGAUCACAACCGAAACCUGUUGGUGGAGACCAUUCGCUCUAUAACAGAGAUCCUUAUAUGGGGAGACCAAAAUGACAGUUCAGUGUUUGACUUUUUCUUGGAGAAGAACAUGUUCGUGUUCUUUUUGAACAUUCUGCGUCAGAAGUCUGGCCGUUACGUGUGUGUGCAGCUCCUGCAAACCUUGAACAUCCUCUUUGAGAAUAUUAGUCAUGAAACCUCUCUCUACUAUCUGCUUUCAAACAACUAUGUAAAUUCUAUCAUCGUGCACAAAUUUGACUUCUCGGAUGAAGAGAUCAUGGCGUACUAUAUUUCAUUCUUGAAAACGCUUUCUCUGAAACUCAACAAUCACACAGUUCAUUUCUUUUACAAUGAGCAUACAAAUGAUUUUGCCUUGUACACAGAGGCCAUUAAAUUCUUCAACCACCCAGAAAGCAUGGUCAGGAUUGCAGUCAGAACGAUAACUUUAAACGUCUACAAAGUGGACAACCAGCCAAUGCUGCACUACAUUCGCGAUAAAACUGCCGUCCCGUACUUCUCCAAUCUUGUCUGGUUUAUUGGGAGUCACGUGAUAGAAUUGGAUAACUGCGUACAAACUGAUGAAGAGCACAGAAAUCGGGGGAAGCUAAGUGACCUGGUAGCCGAACACCUUGAUCAUCUUCAUUACCUUAACGACAUCCUUAUUAUUAAUUGUGAAUUCUUAAACGAAGUGCUCACAGACCACUUACUGAAUAGUCUCUUCCUGCCUCUCUAUGUGUAUUCGUUAGUCAAUCAAGAUAAGGGUGCAGAACGUCCGAAAAUAAGCCUCCAGGUCUCUCUCUAUCUAUUGUCGCAAAUUUUCCUAAUUAUACAUUAUGCGCCUCUGGUGAACUCAUUGGCUGAAGUCAUUCUUAACGGAGACCUGUCAGUGUUUUUUUCAAAAGCCGAGCAAGAUAUCCAGAAAAGCUCGACCAAGACAGGCCUCCGGUGUUUCAUUAAACCUCCUGAGACCUUGGAGAGAUCUCUGGAAAUCAAUAAGCAUAAAGGGAAGAAGAGGCUGCAGAAGAGACCCAACUAUAAAAACGUUGGGGAGGAUGAGGAGGAAGAGAGGGGCCCGGAAGAUGCCCAAGAAGGCACGGAGGGCCCUUCCAAAGGCAUCAAGCCGAGUGGGGAGAACGAAGAAAUUGAGAUGGUGAUCAUGGAGCGAUGCAAGUUGAUUUCUGUAACGGAGCAGAACAUAACGGAUGAAGAGAAGAGUGCGGCUGCUUCUGAAAUGUCAAACUGGAACAGGCCUUUCCUUGAGAUGGUCUAUAAUGCCCUGGAGUGUGCUGAGUUUGACUACUAUGCUCUGUUCGUGCUGUGCCUCCUGUAUGCCAUGUCUCACAACAAAGGAAUUGAGCCGGACACGCUGGAGAGAAUUCAGCUCUCAGCCCAGGAUGCAGAGGAGAAGAACUCGUACAACCACGUGCUGGCUGAAAGGCUCAUCCGGAUAAUGAACUAUGCUGCUCAGCCAGAUGGCAAAAUCCGUUUAGCUACAUUAGACCUCGGCUGUCUGCUGUUGAAGCAGCUGGUGAUGUCCAAACAUGGUAGCAUUAUCAAAGAUGUUCACUUUGCCUGUUUGGAAGGUGCAAGGGAAGAGAGCGCUCACCUCGUGCGGCGUUUUUAUAAGGGAGACGAAAUUUUUCUGGAUAUGUUUGAAGACGAAUACAGAAGUAUGACUCUUAAGCCCAUGAAUGUGGAGUACUUGAUGAUGGAUGCCUCCAUUCUGCUGCCACCGACAGGGACGCCCCUCACCGGGAUCGAUUUCGUGAAGAGGCUGCCCUGUGGAGAUGUGGAAAGAACGCGGAGGGCCAUCCGAGUCUUCUUCAUGCUGCGUUCCCUGUCGCUGAAUCUCCAGGAUGAAUUGGAAACUCAGUUGCCUUUGACGCGGGAGGAGGACUUAAUUAAGACGGAUGACGUCCUGGACUUGAAUAACAGUGAUUUGAUUGCCUGCACGGUGAUCACAAAAGACAGCGGUCAGGUCCAGAGGUUUCUGGCUGUGGACAUUUACCAGAUGAGUUUGGUGGAGCCAGACGUUGCCCGACUAGGCUGGGGAGUCGUUAAAUUUGCAGGUCUUCUCCAGGACAUGCAGGUGACGGGAGUCGAAGAUGACAGCCGGGCCCUGAACAUCAUCAUCCACAAGCCGGCCUCCAGCCCUCAUUCCAAGCCCUUCCCCAUCCUUCAGGCCACCUUCAUUUUUUCGGAUCACAUUCGUUGUAUCAUUGCAAAGCAGCGCUUAGCGAAGGGCCGCAUCCAGGCUCGGCGAAUGAAAAUGCAGAGAAUAGCAGCUCUUCUAGACCUUCCCGUCCAGCCUUCCAACGAAGUCAUGGGUUUCGGGCACAGCGCUGCUUCUGCGGCUCAGCACCUGCCGUUCCGGUUUUAUGACCAGGCCCGACGUGGCAGCUGCGACCCCGCCGUUCAGCGCUCCGUCUUUGCAUCCGUCGACAAGGUCCCGGGUUUUGCCGUCGCCCAGUGCAUCAACCCGCCCACCCCUUCGCCGCUUUCGUCACCGUCCCCUUCGUCCAGCGGGAGCACUGGACGCUGUGAUUCUGCAGCCGCCAGUUCCACAUCCACGCCUUCCGUAGUGCAGAGCCCAUCAGAAGACCCGGCAGCUCUCGAGCGGCCUCGGACCUCCUUGUCCUGCGGCCAGUUGUCAGCCGUGGACGACUCCGCGAUCCACCACUCCAGAUCCGGCAAGAGCCACGCAAGGCACGCAGAACCAGAAGCCGCGAACCUGUCUCCCAGCCUGAUUCCUGCCCCGCAGCCCACGAUCUCCCUCAUCUCAAACCCCAGCACCGACACCCUGAGUGUGGAGUCGCUGACGCUGGUCCCGCCGGUGGACACGGACAGCAUUCUUGCCGUUGGCUGCUCUCAGCCGCCAGCCCCGGAGCCCGACCUUUGCGCAGAAGCUGAGGACGGCGGCCUGAGUCCGUCACCAGAACAGGAUGAGAAGUGACCGGGACGGAAGCAGGUUGUGUCCUUGCGCACGUGAGCAGUUGUGCGGCCUGUGGCUGGCCGACGGGUCACCUCCCGCAAACCCGGCCUCCCGGCCUCUUCAACAGUAAACGUUCAGCUUUUUAAAAAAGAAAAGAUGAGCGGGAUCUCACUGAAAGCCAGAACUGGUAUUGCGCACUGGCGUUAGGGUGGCGGAUAAUUGAAGGGAAUUGCUAAAGGCCUGCGCUUCAGAAGGAACCCGGGGGCUUCCCUUGCCAUUUUUUUAAGCCACUAGCACAACUUCAGUGCCGGCAAAAGCAAUGACGGCAGCAAAGCAAACUCAACUGUAUUGUGGUCUUAACCUGUUUUGUGUGUGUGUGUGUGUGUGUGGAGUGCUUUCCACUUCACCUGGAGAAAAGGGCGAUUGACCAAGGAGCCUUGGAGAAGAUUUUGUUUUUUCCUCCCCCAUUUGGGCAAAUCUCCUUUCUAGUCUGCCAGCCUUGUUCAGUUUGUUGAGUUUCUCCUUUCCUUUCAAGGCGGCAGGAGUAGUCUGUGGAAACCCCAGCGGAGCUGGCCGCUUGUAUUUAUACGGCACUGUCAGCUUUAACCGUCAACUUUGUGUGUGUUCUGUGUGUCAUAUUUUUAACUUGAAGUUGUGGGCGCAUCUGUGGCGGGUGGGGAUUUUGCAAACGCAGAAUAAUUCUGGUAUUUGGCGACACUCUAAAGCAGCCUUCCUCAACCUGGGGUGCUCCAGAUGUGUUGGACUACAACUCCCAGAAUGCCCCAGCCAGCUGGGGCAUUCUGGGAGAUGCAGUCCAACACAUCUGGAGCGCCCCAGGUUGAGGAAGGCUGCUCUAAAGGGCUUAUUUGGAUGAACGCACUGGGUUAUAUUGGGCAGAGUUUUGUGUAAAGGAUUUCAGAGGAACGUAAAAUAUUUUAGCAUACUGAA